UUUUUGUUUGGUUACAUGUUAUGAAGUUAUAACCUCAAAGAGCUAAUUGUCGAGCUUCAUUUAGAUUCUUAUAAUAGUUCAGUGUUAAUACACAGUUUUUGUAGCUGUACGAAUAAAAAUAUUGUGAUUUUAAUGUCAGACAUGAAUUCAUCAGAGGAAGACAUACCUUCAUUAAUUCCUGCUCAAUAUAAACCUGUGCCAGUAGUAACAAUAAUUACAGGUUAUUUGGGUGCAGGAAAAACAACACUCCUUAAUUACAUUUUGAAAGAGCAACACAAUAAAAGGAUAGCAGUGAUAUUAAAUGAAUUUGGAGAAGGAAGUGCUUUGGAAAAAAGUGUUUCAAUUGGACAAGAGGGUGAACUCUAUGAAGAAUGGCUUGAGCUGCGAAAUGGGUGCCUUUGCUGUUCUGUGAAGGAUAAUGGAAUUAAGGCAAUUGAGAAUCUGAUGGCCAAAAGAGGAAAGUUUGACUACAUUCUUCUAGAAACAACAGGCCUCGCUGAUCCAGGUCCCAUUGCUACAAUGUUUUGGCUGGAUGAAGAUUUGGGAAGUGACAUUUAUCUGGAUGGUGAGUAUUAUUAUCUACUCAAAGGGUGGGCUGACAGAGAUGGAUUCAAAUUUAUAUAA